UGUUUGUUGAUUGAACUCAUCAUUGAUCGAUUCUAAACAAAUGGGUUGGAAGCAAAAAGCCAAAGAGUUGUUCACAGCUAAAGAGGUUUUCUAUCUUCUCACCAUAACCAUUCUUGGCUUCCUUCUCCCUCUCUCUUUCUUACUCUUAGCCACUCUCUCAGGUGUCCAAUACUUUCUUCAAAGUCUUACAUGGUUCCAUUGGCACUCUCCAGAACCCUUCUCUUUUGUCUUCCACCUUGCCCUUUACAUCAACCCAUGCAUUCUCUAUGUUCUUGUGGCUGUCAUCAGCAUUACUACACUGGUUCAAGGACUAAUGGGUAAAAUCACCCUUUUAAGCGACUCGUCAUCGCCCCUUCUCCAACUUCGACUCUACGUAGCGUGGAUUCUCCUAUGCGCGUUUCAAGUUUGCGUUGGUUUGGGCAUUGAGGGAAGCAUUGCAGCUGGACUCUACGACGAUGAUGACUCCAGUUUUGGGCCUCAGAGAGGCCUGUUAAGCAGGGUGGUUUUUUUAUUGGGCCUGCACGAGACAACCCAGGUUUGGUGUAGAAUGGUGGUGAGGCCCGUGGUGGAUGACACGGUGUUCGGUUUCAAAAGAGAAGAGAAAUGGAUUGAGAAGGUGGGUAUGGCUGGGUGCUUAGGAACUUUGUGGUGGUGGCGGUUGAGGGAGGAGGUGGAGAAGUUGGUGGUUAUGGCUGAAGAGAAGAAAGAGGAAUCAAUGGAUGUGGGAAUGAGUGAUUUUGUUGGAUGGUGGUUGUAUUAUUUGAUUGUUACAAUUGGAAUGGUGAGGAUCGUGAAGGGGAUUAUUUGGAUGUUGAUGAUUUCUCUCUGUAGAAGAAGGGUCACAGAGAGCUCUCCUCUGGAAGCAAGUCAGAACAAUGAUCACAAGGUGUAAGUUUGACCAAUUCUGUAUUUUUCUUUUUCUUUUUU